GUCUCCGACCCCAACACACUCCAUGACUUAAUCCACGGUCAUUGAACGCUCCCAUUGGCCAGUCCCGCUCAUCCGCUAUCGCCGAGAUCGCCAUCUUAGGUACUACUAGUGUAGCCUGCACCGUCACAAGUCCCGCAUCCCCGUUCUCCAGAAAACAAAUUCCAGUUAUCCGCCUCCCCCGUCCGGUGGAAUCUUCGCCUCCCCUCGUACACACCCUCCUACAUCUACGAACCGCUUUCUUCAACCUUCUAUAUCGACCACCUUUUGUCGUCAUCGCCAUCUCGAUUCGUCGCCUAUACCCCAAACCGAACUCUGCGACUUCACUCGUAUCUACAAAAACCACUCGUUGUCGAUACCUACCCACCAACAGCUCUUGCAAAACUCACGCAUUCACGCUCACACACAUUCACAUACAUCGAAUCCCUGACCGAAAUGUUCUCCAGAUCGCUCCGCGUCGCCUCCCGCAGGGUCCUCGAGACCUCUGUUCGCCCUUCUACCCUCCCCGCCCGCCAGCUUGCACCCGCCGUCUCCAUCGGCGCCACGAGGGCCUACCACGAGAAGGUCCUUGACCACUACUCCCGCCCCCGUAAUGUCGGUUCCAUGCCCAAGGGCGACAAGGACGUCGGCCAGGGCCUCGUCGGUGCGCCUGCUUGCGGCGAUGUCAUGAAGCUCAAUAUUCGCGUCGACCCCAAGACCAACAUCAUCUCCGAUGUCAAGUUCAAGACUUUCGGCUGCGGAUCCGCCAUCGCCUCCUCCAGCUACCUCACCGAGCUCGUCCGCGGCAUGACCUUGGAGCAGGCCGGUCGUGUCAAGAACACUGAGAUCGCCCAAGAGCUCAAGCUCCCCCCCGUCAAGCUGCACUGCAGCAUGCUCGCCGAGGAUGCCAUCAAGGCCGCCAUCUCAGACUACUACACCAAGAACCCCAACGCGAAGCCCACCAACCUGGCCGGCACUGAGGCCAAGACCGAGACCCCCGCCUCCGCAUAAUCGGUACCGACGUCUCUCUUUCGUUACACGUUACCGGAGUUUGGGUUGGGGGAGUGCAGAGAGGACGCUGCGGGCGGGGGUGAGAAGCCCGGGCAGAAAUUGCCAGUACGAAAAAGAACACCCAUCGAUGUUUUUUCUUGCUUGCAUCUUAUCACCAAUGGUUUCCAACAAAAAAACUCUGGAGUUUUGGGAAGGAAUUAUGGGUUUAUCUCGGGGCUUGUAUGGAUGAAAGCUUCUCCGUCGCGACGAGGAUCGCAACAUGGAGGUCGACACGCUGCCGCGAAAGAAACAUGCCUUUUUCCAUGUGUUCUGCCAGGAGGGUCUAGUUCGGGGGGAGGGGGCAGAGUUGUACGUCAGUGUGAAAAUACCAUCUAGUUUUCAGUGGCCAGCUUAUUAUCAGCGACCCGACAGAGACGAAAAUGCCAAAGAACGACAUUGUCCUGCCAAUGUGCUGCCGCCCA